CUUUAUUUAUAUAAUUUUAUUUCCCAAUUUUUUAAAAAUCUUUUAUUUUAAUAUUAUCUUAUUUAUUUAUUUAUUAAAAUCAACAUCACUUACACCUUUACACUAUUAAACAUAUAUUUUCCAUUAUUAAUUAAUUUAAAAUUGUUAAUAUAGUUAAAAAACAUUAAAUUCCAAUUUAUCACACUUUUUGUUAAAACUUUUACUUUUUUAGGAUCUCACCAAAAUUAUUAUUAUUAGUUUAUAUUACCAAUAAAAAAUUGAUUUUAUUAUAAUUCAUGAAAUAUGAACCCGUUACAUGUAUUAGAUACAAGGAUGGGUUCACAUCCUCCACUUAUUUUACUGAUUGUUUACUGACAUCUUCAAUUACUGGUAAAAUUUGCCAGUGGGAUUUGAUAACUGGAAAUCAGAUUUCCGAAUUUCAAACUAAUAUAAAGACUAAAUUUUGUACUCCUUACUCCCGAGAUAUUUCUGAUAGAUUUGACAUGUUGGUUUUACAAACCAACGAUGAUAUUUCUUUAUUUGAUUUAAAUGCCAAGAAUAUUAGUGCUACAGCUCAUAUUAAUACAAAAUGCUUUGCAAGGUUUAGUUUACUACAUUCUUGUUCUUCAAGUCAACCCCUUAUAAUCUCACCUUCCGGUUUAAAUUUGAUUAAAGUUUUUGAUUUAAGAGUUAAUUCAGGUACUGUAAAAUUUGGUGAAGUACUGGAGAUAGGUCCAAUUAAGAUAAAUCAUUCUCGAAAGAGUGAAUUGGGCAUGAUUCACAACUGUCAACCUUUUUAUUCUAUUGGCGAUUCUUGUAUUAUAUCCACUUACGAAUCUGGUUCAAUUGUUCUAUAUGAUAUAAGAAAACCAAAUGAACCCUUUGUUCCCGUUUACAUUACUGAUUCUUUGGAACCUAUACCCUCUUUAUCUGUAUGGAACAAUGUUUUCCUGAUAGGAGACACUGUGGGUAAUAUUUCUAUGUUUUACGCAUCAAAGGACAAGGGAAUUGUUUUACUGAAAACGAAAAACAUUUCUCCAGACUCUUUAAAACCACCCGGUAUUAAUUGUCUUUCUACUCGGAUUGAUGGUGCUGUUUUGGUGGCUGGAUGCUGGGACAGAUGUGUGAGAGUUUUCGAAACGAAAACUUUGGAUCUCAAAUGUAUUCUUGACUCCCAUUCCUCUUCUAUUGUUGAUGUUUCAUUUAGUAAAACUUCAAAUCAGUUUUCUACAGCUUCUAGUAAUGGGAAUGCCAACAUUUGGAACCUCUUCUAAUUUUUAAUCAAGAUUAAACAAAACAAUUUAAUGUACCAUAUACUCCGUUA